CCCGAGCCCUACUGUCCCCGGAGGUCUUGGCCGCCGCCUUCCGCAGCCACGCGCCUGGAUUUGCCAGCUCGGGAGCCCGAGUCUCCUCUCUCAGGAGCUUCGUGACCGGGACCCUCGCUUCCAGCACUCCCCACCAGCCCUCGCUGACCAGGACCCCGGACCCGUGGGUUCCCGCCUCCAGGAUCCGGCCGUCCCGGAUCUUGCAGACCGUCGGCUGCGUGGACUCCCGCAGCCUUCCGGAGCGCAGAGCCCCGCUCAGCUUCCAGCCCGGACGACUUCCGAAUCUCCCCACUUCUUGGGCGCACCCGACCUCCCCUCCUCCCACCCUCCCACCCCGCCCCCAGCCCACUUGAUCGGAGCUGCCCCGCGCCCCAGCCUCGGCCUCUGGCGCGGACCGUCCUUCCAGCUCCCUGGGGCUAUAAAGUUCCAGUCCCCGCGCGCCCGCUGGCGGGACUGCACUCUCGGGACCCAGGGACGUCGCCGGGGUUAGGACACCCCGUGCGCUCGCAGCUUCCAGGCGCCAAGGAAGCCUCCCACCUCGGGUGCGCCUCCCUCUCCCCAAACCAUGGUGACUGAUCUCCCCAAGGUCGACCCCAAGAUAUGCACCGCGGCCGAGCCCGCCGCCAACGGGGUCUCGGCGCGGGUAACGGUGGAGCAGGAGGAGGAGGGCGGCGGGGCCGGCGCGGGUGCCCGUGUGCGCCGCUGCCUGCGCGCCAAUCUACUGGUGUUGCUGACCGUGGCGGCCGUGGUGGCGGGCGUGGUGCUGGGUUUGGUGGUGCUGGAGAGCCGCGGCGGCGCGGCGCUGGAUCCCGUAAGCCUGCAAGCCUUCGCCUUCCCCGGCGAGCUGCUGCUGCGCCUGCUGAAGAUGAUCAUCCUCCCGCUGGUGGUAUGCAGCCUGGUGGGCGGCGCCGCCAGCCUGGACCCCAGCGCGCUCGGCCGUCUGGGCGCCUGGGCACUGCUCUUCUUCCUGGUCACCACGCUGCUGGCCUCGGCGCUCGGCGUGGCCCUGGCUCUGGUGCUGCAGCCUGGCGCCGGCUACGCGGUCACCAAUACCUCGGUGGGCGCCCAGGGGUCCGAGCCCGAGGCCCCCAGCAAGGAAGUGGUCGAUUCGUUCCUGGAUCUUGUGAGAAAUAUCUUCCCUUCCAACCUGGUGUCUGCAGCCUUCCGCUCAUAUUCGACCUCCUAUGUGCCCCAAAACAUCAGUGGAACCUUGAUGAAGGUGCCCCAAGGGAAAGAGGUGGAAGGCAUGAAUAUCCUGGGCCUGGUGGUGUUCGCCAUCAUCUUUGGGGUGGCCCUGCGGAGAAUGGGGCCUGACGGGGAGCUGCUUAUCUGCUUCUUCAACUCCUUCAAUGAUGCCACCAUGGUGCUGGUUUCCUGGAUCAUGUGGUACGCGCCAUUGGGCAUCCUGUUCCUGGUGGCCAGCAAGAUCCUGGAGAGCGGGAACGUGAGGGAGCUGUUUGCCAGCCUGGGCAAAUACAUCCUGUGCUGCCUGCUGGGCCACGCCAUCCACGGGCUGCUUGUGCUGCCGCUCAUCUACUUCCUCUUCACUCGCAAAAACCCCUACCGCUUCCUCUGGGGCAUCGUCUCCGCGCUAGCCACCGCCUUUGGGACGUCUUCUAGCUCUGCCACGCUGCCGCUGAUGAUGAAGUGCGUGGAGGAGAGGAACGGCGUCUCCAGGCAUAUCAGUCGCUUCAUCCUGCCCAUCGGUGCCACAGUCAACAUGGACGGCGCUGCACUUUUCCAGUGCGUGGCCGCGGUCUUCAUCGCUCAGCUCAGCCAUCGUUCCCUGGACUUCGUGAGCAUCAUCACCAUCCUGGUCACCGCCACUGCAUCCAGCGUGGGCGCAGCAGGUAUCCCAGCGGGAGGGGUGCUGACCCUGGCCAUCAUCCUGGAGGCCGUCAACCUGCCCGUCCAUCACAUCUCCCUAAUCCUAGCUGUGGACUGGCUGGUGGACCGGUCCUGCACUGUCCUCAACGUGGAGGGCGACGCCUUUGGGGCGGGGCUCCUGCAGAGUUACGCAGAUGGGUCGGAAAAGCAGAGCUCCGUGCCGGAACUGCUCAACAUGAAGACAGAGCCGCUCUCGGUGCCGCCCCUCCGCCCCGAGGAGGGGAACCCCCUCCUCAGACACCGCCCCGGUCCUGCUGGGGAUGCAGCCACCUGCGAGAAGGAAUCGGUCAUGUAGAGCCCGGGUGGCCCCUCUGACAGAGCGCUAUGACCCGGCCGUUGGAGAGGGUUGGAGAAACCCAGGCCAUGUCCUUGCCACACACUCCAGGGAGCCGAGGCGCGCGAGCGCCCCCUGCUGCACAGCGGGGAGCCCACGGUCUGGCUGAUUGGGUGUAUGUGCUUUGUGUGUGUGUGUGUGUGUGUGUCUGUCUGUCUGUCUGUCUCUGUGUGUGUGUGUGUGUGCGCGCGCGCGCGCGCGCCCCCCCUGCUGCACAGCCCAUGGUCUAGCUGAUUGGGUGUAUAUGCUGUGUGUGUGUGUGUGUGUGUGUGUGUGUGUGCGCACACGCGCCCCCCCUGCUGCACAGCCCAUGGUCUGGCUCAUUGGGUGUAUAUGCUGUGUGUGUGUGUGUGUGUGUGAGUGUGUGUGUGUGCGUGCGCGCGCACACACACGCACGCAUUUGUCCCUGCACCCUGAUCUCUGCCCCCUCCCAGAUUUUAGAAACAGCCGUAAUGGAGCCUACCAGCCUCAGGGGCCAGGACACAUAAGGACUUAACGUUGGAGAGCAGGACAUGGCUCCUAUAUGGCUUCUUUUAGUGACUGUUGGUGCCUGUGUCUGCGUGUGUGCACAUGCAUGGGUGCAUAUGUGCAUGUGUAUGCAUGCGUGUGUGCACAUGUGUGUGCAUGCAUGUGCAUGUGUGUGUUCUGUUAUUCCAUAGUACAACUCAGCCUGCCCCCAGGCCCCUCUGUUGCCUCAGUAACAAUCACUCCUGGGGACCGGGGUAGCGUCCCUCCUGAAGACCACAGUUAGCAUCAAAGGAUCAAGCAUCGCUGAUGGGAUCUUACUCGGAAUUUGACGGAAAGCAACGAGGCCUGGUGGAAGCUCAAAGGGUCAGAGCACAUACCUGGCACACACAUGGCGCCAAAUUCUUUUCCUGUCACCACAUGCCCUCUUCCACUCCCCACCUGAAUCACACUGGGGUGGCCCUGGUUUCCCUCGACCGUCAUUGGGCCUGAACUUUGAACCUUCUGGCCCCGUUUGGCUGUGUAUUGCAAGAGUGGUUUCCAUCCCCCAAACUUGGUUUGAAAGCUCUCCCAACAAAUAGAGGAAUAAAUCUCAGGAUGAACUGGG